AUGUCAUACUAUUAUAAUAAAUAAUAAGAUUAAGCAUUAUUAUUACCUAAUGGAUACUAAUAAUAAUAAAAUUCUGAUAUUUAAACAAAAUAAACAAAUUAUCAAUAUUUCUUAUAGUAAGCAAUUACAUAAUAAUAAAAAGAGGAUAAUUUUUAAAUAAAAAUCAUCCCCAAAAAUCAUAUAAUUCAUCAUAGAAAUCGAAUCUUCUAAGAUAUACCUGAAAUUAAAGUUAGAUAAGAAUUAUACUAAACAAGAUACAAAUCUACACCAGGUAAAAGAAACUAAAUAUUCAAUUAAGAUUAUAGUAUUGAUUAAACUCAUUAAAAUAUUAUUUAAUAAUAGUAAAUAAGUACAGUUUCAAACAAUAAUAUUAAAUCUUUAAUUUUAUCAGAAAUUGAUACUAUUAAACAAAAGUCUUAACUAUAUUCUAUAACAUAUUCAGAAUUAUUAUAAAAAGUAUAACAUAAUAUCAAAUUAGUUAAUUUAAAUUUUUGAGAGUAAAAAAGAGUAUUAAAAUUUGUAAAUGGAUCCUGAAUUCAAUAAUAUUUUAUUUAAAAUACGAACAUUUUAAGGUCUUGAUAUUACUAGGAAAAUAUAAAUCGAAAAAAUCAUAAAGGAUAUAGUGAAUUAAGAUGAGAAAUUAUUAUUUUAAGGAUUAGUUAAAGAUAUAAUAUAAAAUGAUUGGAUGUAUUGGAUAGAACCAUUAUAUUUUGAUAUAUAAAAAUAAUAAAUACCAAAAGAACAAUGGAAAUCAUUCAUUGAAAAACAAAAAUAAAUUUAUAAAAUAUGA